AGAGCCCGAGUGCGGAGGUGGUGGUGGUUGUAGCGGUUCCGUUUUGCUGACGGCCCCGGGCUCAGCUGCUGGGCCAAGAUGCCGGCCGUGUCGAAGGGAGACGGGAUGCGGGGCCUGGCGGUCUUCAUCUCCGACAUCAGGAACUGCAAAAGCAAAGAAGCAGAGAUAAAGAGGAUAAACAAAGAACUGGCAAACAUUCGGUCAAAAUUUAAAGGUGACAAGGCUCUGGAUGGUUACAGUAAGAAAAAGUAUGUCUGCAAGCUACUUUUCAUCUUCCUCCUGGGGCAUGAUAUUGACUUUGGCCACAUGGAGGCUGUAAACCUACUGAGUUCUAACAGAUACACAGAGAAACAAAUUGGAUAUCUUUUCAUUUCCGUGCUAGUGAACUCCAACAGUGAGCUGAUCCGCUUGAUAAACAAUGCAAUCAAGAAUGACCUGGCCAGCCGCAACCCCACCUUCAUGGGACUAGCUUUGCAUUGUAUAGCCAAUGUGGGUAGUCGGGAAAUGGCAGAAGCAUUUGCUGGAGAAAUUCCAAAAAUACUUGUAGCUGGAGACACCAUGGAUAGCGUGAAGCAGAGUGCUGCCUUGUGCUUGCUGCGUUUGUACAGAACUUCUCCUGACUUCGUUCCCAUGGGAGAUUGGACAUCCAGGGUGGUGCAUCUUCUGAAUGACCAGCAUUUGGGUGUGGUUACUGCUGCUACCAGUCUUAUCACUACUUUGGCACAGAAGAACCCUGAAGAGUUUAAAACUUCAGUAUCUUUGGCUGUCUCUAGGCUAAGCAGAAUUGUGACAUCUGCAUCAACCGAUCUCCAGGAUUAUACCUAUUAUUUUGUCCCUGCUCCUUGGUUGUCUGUAAAGCUUUUGAGGUUGUUACAGUGCUAUCCACCUCCAGAAGAUGCUGCGGUACGUGGUCGUCUCACAGAAUGCCUGGAAACUAUCCUUAACAAAGCUCAAGAGCCCCCAAAAUCUAAGAAAGUGCAACACUCAAAUGCUAAGAAUGCUGUGCUAUUUGAGGCAAUAAGCUUAAUUAUACACCAUGACAGCGAGCCAAACCUGCUAGUCCGUGCCUGUAACCAACUAGGUCAGUUCUUGCAGCACCGGGAAACUAAUCUGCGUUAUCUAGCACUGGAAAGCAUGUGCACGCUUGCCAGCUCUGAAUUUUCCCAUGAAGCCGUGAAAACUCAUAUAGAAACAGUUAUCAAUGCAUUGAAGACCGAAAGGGAUGUGAGUGUAAGACAAAGAGCAGUAGACCUCCUGUAUGCCAUGUGUGACCGAAGCAAUGCCCAACAGAUUGUCGCCGAAAUGCUAAAUUACUUGGAGACUGCUGAUUAUUCCAUUAGAGAAGAAAUUGUGCUGAAGGUUGCAAUUCUAGCUGAGAAGUAUGCAGUGGAUUAUACCUGGUAUGUGGAUACAAUCUUGAAUUUGAUUCGUAUUGCCGGGGACUACGUCAGUGAAGAGGUGUGGUACAGAGUUAUUCAGAUUGUGAUUAACAGGGAUGAUGUGCAAGGAUAUGCAGCAAAGACAGUCUUUGAGGCCCUUCAGGCACCAGCAUGCCAUGAAAAUCUGGUAAAAGUAGGUGGCUACAUCCUGGGAGAAUUUGGAAAUCUAAUAGCUGGUGACCCAAGAUCUAGUCCUCUGAUUCAAUUCAACUUGCUGCACUCCAAGUUUCAUCUGUGUAGUGUCCCCACCCGUGCACUGCUUCUGUCUACCUACAUCAAGUUUGUGAACCUAUUUCCAGAAAUCAAAACUACCAUUCAAGAUGUACUGCGCAGUGAUAGUCAGCUGAAGAAUGCUGAUGUUGAACUACAGCAGAGAGCCGUUGAAUACCUGAGGCUCAGUACCAUUGCUAGUACUGAUAUCUUGGCAACUGUGCUAGAAGAAAUGCCUCCAUUUCCAGAGAGGGAGUCAUCCAUUCUGGCUAAGCUGAAGAAGAAGAAAGGCCCUGGCACAGUUACUGACCUAGAAGAGAUCAAAAAGGAGAGGAACUCUGAUGUGAAUGGAGGCACUGAAUCCACCCCUGUUAAUGCCAGUACUGUGUCUACUCCUUCUCCAUCAGCAGACCUUCUGGGCCUCGGUGCAGCUCCUCUCACCAGCUCUGCUCCUCCCCCUUCCUCUACUGGCAGUUUGCUGGUGGAUGUAUUUUCAGACUCUGCUUCUGUGGUUGCACCUCUUGCUCCUGGCUCUGAAGACAAUUUUGCAAGCCCUGACCUGGCUUCAUCUGAGGUAGUUUCUGAGGAACCAGCUGAUACUGUGCAUGAUGCUGAUGAGCUUAUUCACAAGUUUGUAUGUAAAAAUAAUGGAGUUUUGUUUGAAAAUCAGCUGCUACAGAUUGGACUGAAAUCUGAAUUUCGACAGAACUUGGGUCGGAUGUUUAUAUUUUAUGGUAACAAGACUUCCACUCAGUUCUUGAAUUUUACUCCAACACUAAUCUGUUCAGAUGAACUUCAGUCAAGCCUGAACCUGCAAACAAAACCAGUGGACCCAACAGUGGAUGGGGGCGCUCAGGUGCAGCAAGUUGUGAAUAUUGAGUGCAUAUCAGACUUCAUGGAAGCUCCAAUCCUAAACAUUCAAUUCAGAUAUGGGGGAACAUUUCAAAAUAUUUCAGUAAAACUACCGAUCACACUGAACAAAUUUUUCCAACCUACGGAGAUGGCCUCUCAAGACUUCUUCCAGCGUUGGAAACAACUGAGCAAUCCUCAGCAAGAAAUGCAGAACAUCUUUAAAGCAAAGCAUCCAAUGGAUACAGAGAUCACAAAGGCAAAGAUCAUUGGCUUUGGCUCUGCCCUCCUUGAAGAGGUAGAUCCCAACCCUGCUAAUUUUGUUGGUGCUGGUAUAAUACACACAAAAACUACCCAGAUUGGAUGUUUGCUGCGUCUUGAACCCAACCUUCAGGCACAGAUGUAUAGACUCACACUACGAACAAGUAAAGAAACCGUAUCUCAGAGAUUAUGUGAACUGCUGUCAGAACAGUUUUAAUAGUAACAAGAUCAGUCCAGUUUUGUUUCUCCAUUUCUACCAUAGUUGUCCUCAUCCUGCUGCAAAUAAAUGUCUUGUACAUCAGUGUCUGAGUACUGCAACAUUACCCACCACCAACUCCCAGCCUUAAAAGGACUUGUCCCUUUCAUAUGAAAUUAAGGAU